AUGGGGGAAGGUGAAUUACCUAACAGAGUUUCGUACUUCCAAAUUUUCCGAUACGCGAGCUGGCUGGAGAUCGGCGCCACGCUGAUGGGCGUGUUGCUGGGAUUGCUGAGCGGUGGCGGCGUGUGCUACAACCUGGUGCAGUUUGGCGAGAUCAGCACCUCUUUCGUUGAGCGCACGGUGCUGACGGACCGCCUGUCCAGCUACUUGCCCCUCACACAGCUCUUCGGCGGCGGAAAACGACUCGUAAAUGCAUCAUAUGAAGAAAAUAUGCAAGCCCUUAUCCAAGAUGCCGAAGCAAUUUGCAUAGGAAUGGUCAUAACUAUAAUUAUCUCAAUACUAUUUUGUAUAGCGUCGGUAGCUCUCAUCAAUUGGAGUGCUUUAAGACAGAUCACAAGAGUUAGAAAAAAAUUUCUUAUUGCUGUACUCGGUCAAGAUAUGGAAUGGUUCGAUACUGAUUGCGAGUUCAAUCUUGCUUCUAAAAUGUCUGAAGACAUGAUGAAGUUAAAGAAGGGCAUGGGCGAGAAGCUGGCGGUGGUCUCCAACUUGCUAGGCACCCCGAUCAUUAGCAUUUGCCAGUCGUUUCCUCUCGGUUGGGAACUUACUCUUGCGUGUCUGACGGUGCUCCCGUUUUCUUUACAGAGACAUGAUGAAGUUAAAGGAGGGCAUGGUCGUUUCCUCUCGGUUGGAAACUUACUCUUGCGUGUCUGA